AUGUAUGCUUUUACCGUGUCCCAGAGCUGGACACCCACUGUCUCGACAUAUACCGUUGAGCCUGCUAAGGUUUACAAUGGUGGCUACAAUUCAUCUGGCAAUAUCCAGCUCCGUAUUGGCAACGGUGGUGCUGGCCAAAGUGGUCUGAUCGAGGCUCUCGCAAACGCCUUCAUCAAGACUAGCGUCCAGAAUGGCUCCGACCCCUUCGAGGUCGCCUGGUACAAGUCUGACACCACAGAGUCCAUCAACUACCUCAAGGACGGCACCGUCGACAUCGGCAUCACCUACGUGCCCGCAGCCGAGCAGGUCGCCAUCACCAAAGGCAUUGCCAAGUCGCCCGCCUGGUACACAUGGCGCGACCACUUCCUGCUCGUCGGUCCGAAGUCCAACCCGGCCAAACUGUCAGCCGACCAGGACAUCAAGACAAUGUUCUCGAAUCUGUACAGCACAGCGGAGGCCGGCAACACCGACCCGCCGGUACGCUUUCUGACGCGCUACGACAAGUCCGCAACCAACAUCAAAGAAUCGCAGCUGUGGAUCGAGAUCGGCGAGGUCCCUUGGGCCACGGCCUACUCAACCUGGUACCACCAAUACGUUGCGUACCCGAUCCAGGCGUUGACGGCCGCCAUCACCCUGGGCGAGUACACCCUCACCGACCGCGGCACGUAUCUUUCCAUCUCACCCGAGCUUCAGAGCCAGACUACUAUUUACAAGGCUGCCACUGACAGCGCAUCCGACCCGCUGCUGAACCCGGCCCAUAUCCUCAUCGGCAAGGACGCCAAGAACGAGAAAAUGGCUGAUCAGUUCGCCCAGUGGGCUAUCAGUGCCGAGGGCCAGCACGUUAUCACCAGCUUCAAGAAAAACGGCCAGCAAUUGUACACGGGGGCUCCAGCAGAUAAGACUGUCCAGUUCUAA